CAGCAGGUGACCGGCAGAAUGAGAAUUAUAGAAAACCACAGAUGGUGCCACUGGUAAUAGCCAAGACUGAGAGUCAAAAAGAGAUAUUUGGAAAUCACAGGGGACCAAAAACGUCUGAAAGAAAGCAGCCAAAGAAUGGGAGCAAGAAAUCCUCUACUUGUCAUAGUUUUCCUCAAAGAACACACACCGGAGAAAAACCAUUUAAAUGCAUGGAAUGUGGAAAGAGCUUCAGUGUAAAAAAUAGCCUUACUUCACAUCACAGAACCCACACAGGGGAGAAACCAUUUAAAUUCAGGGAAUGUGGAAAAAGCUUUACUCGGAACGAUCAUCUUGUUUCACAUGAAAGAACCCACACAGGAGAGAAACCAUUUAAAUGCAUGGUGUGUGGAAAGAGCUUUAGUCAGAGCAGUAAUCUUACUUCACAUCAAAGAACCCACACAGGGGAGAAGCCAUUUAAAUGCAAGGAGUGUGGAAAGAGCUUCCCUCAGAAUGGUCAACUUACAUUACAUGAAAGAACCCACACAGGAGAGAAACCAUUUAAAUGCAAGCAGUGUGGAAAGAGCUUUAGCCACAAGUGGUACCUUACAUUGCAUGACAGAACACACACAGGGGAGAAACCAUUUAAAUGCAGGGAGUGUGGAAAGAGCUUCAGUGUAAAAAACAGCCUUACUUUACAUCACAGAACGCACACAGGGGAGCAACCAUUUAAAUGCAGGCAAUGUGGAAAGAGCUUCAGUGGAAAUGGUCAACUUAAAUUACAUGAAAGAACCCACACAGGGGAGCAACCAUUUAAAUGCAGGCAAUGUGGAAAGAGCUUCAGUGUAAGCAAUAAACUUACUUUACAUCAGCGAACACACACAGGGGAGAAACCAUUUCAAUGCAUGGAGUGUGGAAAGAGCUUCAGUGUAAGCAAUAAACUUACUUUACAUCAGAGAACUCACACAGGGGAGAAGCCAUUUAAAUGCAAGCAGUGUGGAAAGAGCUUUAGACACAAGCGGUACCUUACAGUACAUGAAAGAACCCACACUGGAGAAAAACCAUUUAAAUGCAGGGAAUGUGGAAAGAGAUUCAAUCAGAGCAGUAAACUUACUUUACAUCACAGAACACACACAGGGGAGAAACCAUUUAAAUGCAGGGAGUGUGGAAAGUGUUUCAGUCAGAACAGUAGCCUUACUUUACAUGAAAGAACCCACACAGGGGAGCAACCAUUUAAAUGCAGGGAAUGUGGAAAGAGCUUCAGUCAGAGCAGUCACCUUACUUUACAUCACAGAACACACACAGGGGAGAAACCAUUUAAAUGCAGAGAGUGUGGAAAGAGCUUCAGUGACAGCAGUAACCUUAAAUUACAUCACAGAACUCACACAGGGGAGAAGCCGUUUAAAUGCAAGCAGUGUGGAAAGUGCUUCAGUCUGAACAGUAGCCUUACUUUACAUGAAAGAACCCACACAGGUGAGAAACCAUUUAAAUGCUGGGAGUGUGGAAAGAGCUUCAGUCAGAGCAGUAAACUUUCUUUACAUCGAAGAACCCACACAGGGGAGAAGCCAUUUAAAUGCAGGGAGUGUGGAAAGAGCUUUAGUCGGAGCAGUGACCUUACUUCGCAUCAAAGAACCCACACAGGGGAGAAGCCAUUUAAAUGCAAAGAGUGUGGAAAGAGCUUCAGUCAGAGUGGUAGCCUUACACUACAUGAAAGAACACACACAGGGGAGAAACCAUUUAAAUGCAGUGAGUGCGGAAAGAGCUUCAGUGUAAGCAGUCACCCUACUUUACAUCACCGAACACACACAGGGGAGAAACCAUUUAAAUGCAUGGAGUGUGGACAGGGCUUUAGUCAGAGAAGUAAGCUUAGUUCACAUCAAAGAACCCACACAGGGGAGAAGCCAUUUAAAUGUAAGGAGUGUGGAAAGAGUUUCAGUCAGAGCGGUCACCGUACUUUGCAUCAAAGAACCCAUACAGGCGAGAAACCGUUUAAAUGCAGGGAGUGUGGAAAAAGCUUCAGUGUAAGCAGUAGACUUGUUUUACAUCACAGAACACACACGGGAGAAACCAUUUAAAUGUAGUGAGUGGAAAGAGGUUCAGUCAGAGCACACUUCACAUGAAAAAACACUAUGGAGUAACUUUUUUAAUGCACGGAGUAUGGAAAGAGAUUCAAUGAAAGCAGUAGGCUUACAUCACGGGAUACACAGGAGAAACAAUUGAAAUGUAGGGAGUAUGGAAAGAACUUCAAUGGGAGCUUUAUUCUUCAUCUUGCAGGCUACAUAGAUUAAAGCCCUAUACAGGUUGGGGCCAGGAUGCUUAAAAAAUUAUCUCACCUGUUAUAUAUGCAGCCCAUCACUGAAAUCUGCAUAGGAUGGCUUGAAAGCACAUAACAACAACAACAACGUCCUGCCCUCUGUGAACAGAACAAAGUUAUGUGGACAAAACAGGCUCAGUCUGACACUUGUGAACAUGCAUCCACUGGGCAUGAAGCUCAUCUUGAAAUGCCUGUUCGGGGUGGCACUGGAGAACCUAGUAAAGUUAGGAACAGCGGAUGCAAUUCACUGUGUCACAGGCCACCUGAAUUUUUAUAGAAAUUGGCCAUCUCAAAUUCUUUAUUUUUUUUUUUUACAAUAAUUUUUAUUCAGAUUUUCAUAAAACAUACAAGACAAAACCAUAAAACAUUCAAAGACAAAAAACAAAAUCAAAAAUAGUUAAACAAAAAAAAUAAAUAAAUAAAGAGUAAAAUAUUGACUUCCCAUUUGUCACAGAUCAAAUCAGUUAUAAGUCUAUAAUAUAUAA